UCAACACGACUUGAAUGACGGAAGCCAAAUAAGGCCUGAAAUUGGUAUUUUGACGUAAACAAUUAUAAGAAGGCCCGUACCUGGUGGUAUUGAUCGCCCCUGCUGUAAGUCGGGUACCUGCUAUGACACGCUCUGGAUACAGGCAGCUGUCAGUUGGACAGUACGGCCCAGCCACACGCUCAUUACCGGACAAACCCAUCCCUCCUUUCCGUACGCUGCGAUAGUCCACUGUGAACAAGUGGCCCCGGCAGCAUUCCACGUGUCGGCGUCCGUGAGUGUUGGGCCUCCAUACUAGUCUUAGCUGCUCGCGCUGUGUCGGAGAAAACUAAGAGUGCUACAGCCAGGCGACAGGACCGGAGAGGCGCGCCAGGCUCCCGGAACUCCGUGAUUGAGAUACGUAGUAUGAUCAGUAAACAUUACAAGUAAAUCUUGUUGGGAACAAAUUGGCUUAAUACUGAUGUGAUUCGAGUCUUAACUCGGAAAGGGAUGCUAGCCUCACAGUGUUAGAAAUAGUCCACGGUGUGAGUACUUCGGGAAGAGGACUUCCAAAGUUUUCUUCUUGUUAUAAUACAGUUACAUGUCUAUAUCUGAAAAAAAGGAAAAAUUAUACCACACGGGAAUUAUGAUAUACCCAAAGGAGAAAAUCCAUAUGGAAAUAAGGAAAUGGGGAUGAAAGUUCGUGUAUGACAAGUUCUUGGAGACGUACAUUUACCAAUUUCUGAAGUGAUUUUGAUACCGGAAGUUUCAGGCGGUCUUGCUUACUGAGCUGGGUGUCUGAAGAUAACCGAUAGCCAUGGAUACGCCGAACGUGACUAGCGCAGCCCCGGGGAUGGGGCCUGACAUGAACAACCCUGCGCCAUCCUCCUUCCUGCUUGCCUUCCAACAAUGGUUUUCUGGUGUCCAUGGUUACGCCUCCAUUAUCGUGUGUGCCUUUGGAAUCUGUACAAAUGUUUUCAAUAUCACGAUUCUUUCACGACGAGACAUGCGCACUGCUACAAACCUGUUCCUGUGCGGACUGGCGUUCUCCGACAUCCUCACAAUGAUGCCCUACAUGCCUUUCGCAAUCCACUUUUACUGUAUCCAUGACCCGGCCGAGGUUUCGCCCGAAAAGUACACUGAAGGUUGGGCCACCUUUAUGUUAAUCUCGGUAAACCUGGCGGCCACCACACACACCAUCUCUAUCUGGCUCGGAGUUUCGCUUUCUGUCUUCCGGUUCAUGCAGAUGCGUACCCCCGUGAGGGGUCCUCAGGCCAAACAACGUAGCAUACAACAGGUGAAGGCCGUGACUUUGGUGGUGUACGUCGCGUCUACCUUAGCCAUGGUUCCUAACUACCUCACCAACAAAAUUGAGCGUGUUGACAUUGGUAACACUAGUCUCUAUGGACUCCGUGACCUUAAACUCGCCACCAACGAGACAGAACCGAUUGCGUUCGCCAACGUCAUAUCUUACGCGAUAUUGGCCAAGCUCGUUCCCUGUGCACUCAUGGUUAUAUUCGGUGGUUCCUUACUCUACAGUGUUGGCAUUAAAGGCAAGAAGCGAAGGCGGAGACUUUCGUCCACCAACUCCAACUGUAAACGGGAAGUGCGUCAGUCUAAAACUACCCGUAUGUUGUUAGUUGUGAUGAUUCUAUUCUUGGUGACUGAAUUUCCACAAGGAAUUCUUAUUCUUGCAAGUGCUUUAGUUUCCGGGUUCUACCAUAACGUGUACAUGCCUCUCGGCGACUUGAUGGACUUCAUUGCGCUUGUUAACAAUGCGAUUAAUUUUGUGUUAUACUGUAUCAUGAGUCAGCAGUUCAGACAGAGGUUUAUAGAUAUGUAUCUGAAAAGGACAUCACGGCUGAAACAUUUUGAAAAGAUCAGCUUAAACAAUCAAUCUUUUACACGGACGAUUGUCACAGACGCCUCGUGACUAGCCAGGGAUCGUAAUAAUUCCAAUAGGAGAUGACCAUUUAUGUGUACGUGUAUUUGCACGUGCUGUGUUGACCAAAGUCGUGAAAGUGUUGACGUAGUAGUUCAAAUGGAACGUGACACUCUCAUUUAGACACAAGCUGACUGGUACAAAAUAUAGUUGUCAUAAACACGCAUGGUACCUAAGUAUUUUAUAUUACCAGGGCAACUUGUGUUAUACGUCACAGUGGUACAUGUAGUAGGUGGUAACCGGUGAAAAUUACCGUGAUCCACGGGACAUUGAGAGAACCGGUGAUAGCAGGUAACUCUAGGAGACAACGACAAAAGCCUGAUGUUGAUUGGAUGAACGUCUAUUUUUGUUAUAACGUCGGUUACCAUGGAAAUGUGAUUUGAUUUUUUCUGUUAAACGAAUGUUGCUCUUUUGGUGAUCUUUUUGUACACUCGUCCUAAGAGACCAGUCGUCUGCACACCGUCACUUAACGUCAUCUGAUUAUAUUUUAUUUUAUCAAUGUAGGGUUUAUUAUUCAUUUCUUUGGCCCGAGUAACUGAUGGUCUACUUAGCGAUACAGAAUUUUAUCCGUCCGUCUAUUCGUCCGUCUGAAGUAUAAAUUGUAUUAGUCAUGACAAUGUUCAGUACAUUAGCACAAUGGUAACACGGGGAAGCUGAAAACAAAGAGUGAAUGAAGUUAAGGGACAUAAUCACAACUGUUGCGAUAAUUGAAUUAACAUAUACACUGUUUUAUUACAUGAAGCGAAUUGUUAUAUUUGUCACAAAUAUUUCAAUAUAGCAUGACCAAGAUUAAAGUAGUUAUAGUAGUUUAUCACGUGACGUUCUUUUUCCAAUGGGAUCACGAGAAUUCGAAAACUGACACCGCUAGUCUCCAUACCUCCAGGAACUAGACUUAUGUGUUAUAUUGCCAUAGUAUGUAUAUCUACUGAGAUCAAACGUAGGUGUGUACUGUUUGUAUCAAAUUAUAGGUAAAAUAAUAAGUAAUCAAUUCAAAUAAGUCAAAUUAUCGGCUGUAUCCAGCGUUACCCCAAACUUAACCGAUAGGACUCGAUGAUAAGAAUAUAGACCACUGGUAAUGGGAAGUGAGACUAAUUGUAGUAGGAGUUUAGACUUCUAGUAAAAAGACUUCACGCUACUUGUAUUGAGAAGUUUGACUGUAAGUGACACGAUUUUAGGCUACCAAUAGCGAGUUCAGACCACUAGUAAUGAAAAUUUAUACAAAAAGUAUUUGUAAUGAGAAAAUUAGACUAGUAAUGGAAAUUGAAACAAAAAGCAAUGAUAAUUUAGAUCAGUAAUAUAAAUUUAAACAACUAAUAAUAAGAUUUCAAAUUAUCAGUGCAGUGUAGUUAUACUAUUUGUAGUAAGACUUUAGGUUGGUAGCACUGGGAAGUAAGAGUAUUUGUAAUAAGAUUUAAGACUACUAUGUGAAGUUUGACUGCUAGUAAUGAAAACAUUGGACUAUAAGAAUAAGAGAUUAGACCAUCAUCAAUAUACUAUAUAAUACCGCCUACCGGUAGUAUGAUAAGUUCAGUAUCAUGUGUUGUCAGUGUGAGAAUAUUCAUAUUCAAAAAGGAGUUGAGAACAACUUGAGAAUGGUUUUCCGUUUUGGAAUGUAUCAUUUCAAGAAAAAGACGUCUGCUCACGCCAUUUCACAUCCUGAACCAGAAAUAGUACCCACAAAAACAUGAGUAUAACAGCACCAUCCUUUUAAGCAUAAUUGAUAAAAUUGUUUAAAAAAUAUAUUUCUAUAUAGUUUUAAUUUAAAGGAUUCCUCCGUGUAGGUUUUCUACGUUUGUCACAGACCAAGGAGCUCGAUGAUCACGGAGCCUAAAUCAAGUUGGAAGAUGUUUUUAGUUUACAUUUGUUAUAAGUAGAGAAAUAUAUAAGGUAGUGGUAUUUAAAUGGUAAUCUAUUAAUAUCACAAAGUUUUUCUGGGUUUAUCGUUCGAACAAUUUUGUCCUCGCUCGCGCGUGGAUGAUCGGGAGGCCACGGUAGGUACACACUCACACGUGCUCGCAAUGGGAAAACGCAGUGUGAUAAUCUAUAAUUAUGGUACUGAGAAGUUAGACUACAAGUAAUAUAAAGUUAAACUUCUAGUAAUGUUCCUAUAAUUUUUGUAACCGGAAGUGUUUUAAAAUAUUUUUGAAAGUGUUUGAAAGAGUGUAAUCAAAUAGAAUUCAAAGUGGUAUCAGGAGUAUUGACGUUUUGUCUGUUUUCAAAUACGAUGAAAUGCGAGGGUUAACGAGUGGUGUCUGUGAUAUAACAUCAUGUUUAACUGUUUACAAAUAGAACACUGAGGAAUUGUGGGAACGACUAGUUUCUCAAUGGCAAUAAACUUAGACAUUCCUGUUCGUGGAGGGGGGCUAGUUUAUGUAGUAUUGUAUAACGUCAGUGUGACGUAAUUUUGAUUUUCUUACUCCAUUCAUAAUAGAUAUCACAAGAAUGGUUUGAGAGAGCGCAUGCGUGAACACCUUUAUGUUGACCUAGAUAGUGCCUUGACGUAGUAAUUAAUCGAAUUGUUAUGACAAUGGUUUGUUUGUUGACACAGUGAUGCGUUAUUUUUGUUAAUUUUUGUUUUGUGUUCUGUAGCUAAAGUCUAGAUUGUAUAUUUAUCACGUUCAUAGCAGUUGAAAAGAAUCAUUUAAGAAAUCAAUUUCUAUUGUCUGAAAUGUUAGUUAUGUUAUCCUCUUACGACUUUACUGUUGAUAUUUGAUUUAUGAUUACCGUUUGUAACCUACAUAAAGAGGUAAUGGUAUUAAGUUAUGUUUACGAGAUGUUCAAUUAUAGAUACUGUAAAAGUCGAAAUUUUCGUGUGUGGAAAUAUACGCGGUGUGACCUUUUUAACUGAUCAUGUGUGUAAAUAUACCGUUGUGACCUUUUCAACUGAUCAUGUGUGGAAAUAUACGCGGUGUGACUUUUUUAACUGAUCAUGUGUUGAAAUGAACGCGAUGUGACCUAUUUAACUGAUCGCUGUGUGGAAAUUUCGCAUUGGCAAAGUUUCUGAGCUAAUUUAGUCGACGCGCAAAAAUGCGAGCAUUUCAACAGCACUAAAAUGUCUCCUUUUACAGUACUAAGAUAUAAUUUGUAGUUCAUAAUGAAUCAUUAUAAAAUUAACUACAAGCGUUCUUUCGUAGUAUUUAUGUUUGCCUCUUUCAAUGCAAAUUUUAUACGAAAGCUACCAAAAUAUGUUCCACAAUAUCAUUAAUUACAUAGCACAAUUAAGUCCCCUCAUUAAUUAGAUAAAACUAUUUUAGUUUUAAUAAAAACAAUGUACGAGGAACACGUUUUUUUUCUCUCACUUUUCACCUGUUUGUAUUCGUCAGCAAGCCACGUGAUAAAUAGGUAACCAAAAGACGACAUGCCACAAAGCGGACCGGUUAUCGGAAGUGAGAAAUGAAGUGUUAUAUCAACCCUAUCGUAUCAGAUUGUUAUUCGUCAGUUUGUUUAUCUCUCCGAAAAUCGGACGCCCAAAUGGAUUAAAUAAGUGUAGUUUUUGAAAAUUACUCCGUAUUUCGGUCUUUAAUUGGUACCUGAGCCCGUACUAAUGAAACCUUCUCAUUCUCAAGCAUGGAUUCUGUGCUGAAACCAGUUUUCUUGUUACUCACUUAAAUCAUGUCAAGCGAUCAAAAAGUCAAAUGUAAACAUUGAAAACAGUAUUUGGCUUUAAGUCUCUUCAAUUUUUCCCCAAAUCAUUAACAAACCGGACCAAGAAAUUAGGCUUGAGCACAAUAUCCAUGCUUGGGCAUGCUAACGGUUUCAUGAAUACGGGCCCAGGACUCUUCAUUAUGAAACGAUCUCAUGCGCAAACAUGGAUUCUUUCUCGAGACCAAUUUUCUUGUUACUAUCUGAAAUCAUGUUACUAAAUAAUAAAGAAAAGUCUCGACAUUGCAAACGGUAGACGGCUUCAAGUCUCACCGAAGUUCCUCAAAAUUUUAUUAAAUUGGAAAUUUGAAUAAUUCGUCAUCGGUAUGAGGGAUUUAGCUAAGCACGGAAUCUAAGUUUGAGCGUGAGAACGGUUUCAUGGAAAAUAGGCCAAGGUCCUGAUACUAGAUUUCCAUAUCUUUGUAUAUUAUGUCUGAAACGUAGCCUUUCUUUGUAAUAGCUAUUGACAUGUUUUUGUAUCCCGAGAUAUUUGAAUAAAUCAUUGAAAAGUGUAAAUUCCCGGUGACACGACGGAAGUCAAAUUUCAAAGAAAUCUGAAGUCAUCAUGUAAUGUUGACAUUAUGUAAGCAAGAUGGUGGAAACUAUUUGUCUUACGUAAGACCACGUGACCUUUGUAUGUGAGGUCAAUGCCACAAUGUAGAGUGGUCAGUGAUCCCCUUGUCAUGUUUGUACGAAACUAAAUAAAAAACCUCCU